GGCAGACUUGAGUUUGUUUCCGGUCUCGUAACUCGUAUGUGAAACACUUGAUCAGUCCAUGAGUGGUAGAAACGACGAGUUUAGAUUUCCACACGUUACUGGCCCUCUUCAUUUGAAACUGUUGGGUUUAGAGGAUAAAGUGUAAACGACUUGACUAUUAAGUAAUGGACUGAAAUUAACUACGUCGAGAAGGAUCGUUUUCGCAGCAAAGAAAUGCGUGGAUGAAGAACAGGGAGAGAGAAGGGGAGUUUAUCGCCGUUAAACUACACGUUUCUGUAAUGAUUGGUUCUUGUGUGAAUAAUGGAAACGAAGGCAAAUGUGUUAUAUGAUUUCUCGGCUGAGCUUGGAAAUAAUGAGCUGUCGGUGCGAGAGGGUGAGACAAUCAUCAUUACCAAUCAGAACAUAGGUGGAGGAUGGAUCGAGGCUCGAAAUUCCAGAGGAGAGGUCGGAUUGGUACCAGAGGACUAUAUUGAGGUCAAGGAGGCUCAACCUGUGACCUCUGGAGGAAAUGCAGCCCCUCUCGAUCUCUCGUUUUUCGACAGUCACGUGCCGACCCCAGCCAGCACAGCACAGGUGGAAUUAGCUCAGGCGGUAACCCCAGUCACCCCAGUUACCCCGGGCUUUUCUUCCACCUCCCCCGAUGAGACGAGUAAUGGAAAUGACCCAUGGGCAGCGUUUGACAAUAACGCCUCUGGGGGAUUUACCAAUGACUGGGCGGCUCAGCCAGAGGGCACAGAGACGGGCACAAACAGCAGCAACGCCUGGCAUUCUGGGGGACACGGCCACCCACAGGCCUACCAGGGCCCAGGUGCAGAAGACGACGAUUGGGAUGAGGAAUGGGAUGACGUGAAGUCAUCGGGGGGCUACGCUGAGUCGGAGGCUGGAGAGGGCGGGGCCAUCAAUAGGGGCGGAGCUCAUGGCACAUCCAUGAAAAUUGCUCUUAAUAAAUUUCCUGGCUUCUCCAAAUCAGGUCCCGAGUUGUACCUUCUGUCCAAACAGCCCGCCAAAGGAACCAAGUUGGCCAUUUAUACGGGAGAAGUGGGUCCGGUGUGGUCAUAUCCAGAGGCUCAGUUGGACUGUGUUGUAGCCGACCCCAAAAAGGGCUCCAAAAUGUACGGCCUGAAGAGCUACAUAGAGUACCAAGUCACACCCACCACCACAAACAAGCCUGUCAAUCACAGAUACAAGCAUUUCGAUUGGUUAUAUGAAAGACUUGUGGAUAAAUUCGGCUCGGCUGUACCGAUUCCCUGCCUGCCUGACAAGCAGGUGACAGGGAGAUUUGAGGAGGAGUUUAUUAAAAUGCGCAUGGAAAGGCUUCAGGGAUGGAUGUCGCGAAUGUGCCGGCAUCCGAUCGUCUCAUCCAGUGACGUCUUUCAACUGUUUGUCUCAUACAAAGAUGAAAAGGACUGGAAGACGGGCAAGAGGCGAGCAGAAAAAGACGAGACGGUUGGUGUGAUGAUCUUCUCAACGAUUGAGCCUCAGGGAGUGCCGGACCUGGACCUCGUUGAGGUAGAGCAGAAGUGUGAGCAGUUUAACCGGUUCACCAAAGCGAUGGAUGACGGGGUAAAAGAUUUGCUGAAUGUGGGGAAUGAACACUGGAAACGCUGUACUGGUCCCCUGCCGAAGGAGUAUCAGCGCAUUGGCAAAGCUUUUCAGAAUCUGUCCUCAGUGUUUACCAGCAGUGGAUUUGAAGGUGAGGCCACACUCACUGAUGCGCUGACGGCUGCGGGAAAGACCUACGAGGAGAUCGCUCAGAUGGUAGCAGAACAGCCCAAGAAAGACCUUCAUUUCCUCAUGGAAACCAACAACGAGUACAAAGGUCUGCUGGGAUGCUUCCCUGACACUAUAGGAGUUCACAAGGCUGCUAUUGAGAAAGUAAAAGAAGCAGAUAAACUAGUGGCCACUAGUAAAAUCAACCCAACGGAUAAAACCGCCAUGACGAAACGUGUCAGCGUUAUGUCUUACGCUUUGCAAGCUGAGAUGAACCACUUCCAUAGCAACCGUAUCUAUGACUACAAUCAUGUGAUGCAGCAGUACUUGGAGCAACAAGUGAAAUUUUACGAGACGAUCGCUGAGAAACUGCGACAUGCUCACAGUCAGUUCACUACUAUGUGAGGAUGGAUUCAGCUUUUGGAAACUGCCUCACGUCUCUGAUGUUUCUCUGUUCCUCUUAAAAUAUUUGUCGUUUUCUGUUCUGUUCGUGUUACUUUGUAUCAUGAUGUCAGUGCCAUAAAAAGAUCCUUCAAUCUUAGGCCAAAGAUAGUUUAGUAAAAGCGCUACUGUACGUACAACGUGAGCAGUGGCCGAAGCUCAAGUGUUUCUAAAAUAAGCAGCUAUAGAUUUUCUGUAAAGAAUCAGAUGUUGGUAAUGGCUUAUAAUUCUUAAUAAUCUGGUGUUGAUUUAUGAACUCAUCACUUUGUUUGAAUGUUUCUCGUUCUUAUCACUUUGUUUGGAUGUUUUUCGUGCUUUUCCAUUUGUGGGUUUCGUGUCUGUGCCGUGUUGUUUUGGUGUAGGAUAAAUACAAGAGAUGAGUUAUCUCUCGCCGAGACAUAGCAGUAUAAAACCAUAUGGUAAGUUACUUUUAAGCAAGUGGCCUAAUUAUCUGCCUGUAUCGCAGCGUUUGAACUGUGAGGGCCUACAUUCACCGUGCCUUGUUUUCUAUAUCGUAUGCAAGAAAAAACGCUUUUUAUUCACUGCACUUUACUAUGGCGCAUCAGUUUGCAAGGGACAAAACAACAUGAAGAUGGUUUUUAUUGAACGUUUUUGGAGAUGCAGGAGGGCUGGUCCUUUUUCUCAUUACAGACUACAUUUAACACAUUUCUUUCACGUCCCAAAGCCAAAUUACAAACGCAGAUCUUGCGUAGCUUGUUAUAAAAUGUAUACGUUCACCUCAAUUAUCACAAAUUCUGUAAGAAUGAAUUUAUACUCUCAUGCAUGUUCGUUGUUCGUAUAUUUUUUAUGUAUAGCAGUGUUUGCAAACCUUUUGCACACAGGAUGAUAAAAAUAUAAGAUUGUGAAUUAAUAAAUCUCGAUUUGUA